AUGGCUUCGGUAAAAGACCACUUCCUUGACCUGGAACGGCACCGCCGCCAGCUUGAAGAAAAUGUCGAGAAGCUUCGUAAAGCCAUCACACACUGGCGCAUGUGUGAUGCCGACUACGAGGAACUCAAGGAAGAGGUCGAAGCCAUAUCCGGGCCUGCAGACCGCGCGGACCUGGAUAGGAUAUGCGACGAGUUUGAGGGCCAAGUCAUCAACGUCAAGGAAGUCAAGGAGAUCUUCGGCGAGCAAACGGUGAAGUCUAAGGCGCAAAUCGUCAACAUCCUUUCACGGCGGAUUGACUAUGUCGCAAAAAAUGUGGAGACACUGGAGAAGCAGCUGCAGGCCGCGGAGGAGAAGUACGAAAAGGCCAACAUCGUCGUCAACCCGGACGUUAUGGACGAGGACUCGGGGCUGCCCAUCACGGACAUCAUCGAGGAGCUUGACGACGAUGACAACAUCACCGCGUCCCGACUGCAAAGGCCAGGCGACUCAACCUCGGCCAUUCGUGAGGCGCUGGAGAAGGCUGGUGUCAAGGAUCUGCCUGAGACGAACGAGCGGGUGCAGGCCGAUGUCGAAGAACUCUCAGAUGAUGAGGACACACCGAUGAAGGACGAGCACAAUGGCCGCAUUGAGGACGCACAAAAACAAGGCAGGCCACAAUCUGAGACGGCAUCAACUAUCAUGGAAAUCGACUCUACGGAUCCUCCAGCGAAAAAGGGCGUGUCCUUUGCGGAAGACACAAAACCAGGCCACGACCUCAACGGCCGGGACCAACAAUCCCGGACGCGGGAUCAUCUGGAGCAAAUCAUGAGGCAAGCCAAGGAGCAAGAGGCACCGAUCUCGAACCCAGUGAUACCAGAAGGCGAGUCAGACGACGACGCUGAGCUCCGACGGGAGAUGCUCAGGUACGGCAUGACGGACAUUGCCCCCAUCGUUGCCGAGCUUGAAAUCGAUGAGGGCACAGGGUCAGAGUUCGACGACGACGAGUACAGCCUUGACGAGGAUGACGGUUUUGAAGACGACGAAGAUGAGGACGAGGACGAGCAUGGCCGGACCAAAUCUCGUGUCGUCGAUGACAAGUAUAGGAAGCGUAUGCAGGAACUUGAGGAGAGGUUGGGCAUAAAAUCAAGCCGCCAAAUCGACGAGGAAGAAGAAGCCAAGGCCGCAGGUAGUAUACCGGAAGAGGGCAUCGCACGUAUCGCCAUCCAACCAGCGGCUUCAAGUCAACCAGCACCCACAAGCCAGCCCGCCAAGUCAUCAAUGAAAGGCGGCAAUGAGGAUGCGCAAGAGCCGAAGCCCGUGAAGAAAGGCGUCAAGUUCGCCAACGCACUGGAUAUAGCCCCCGAAGCAGACGCCACACCAGCUCUGGCUCCGGCUGAGCCAAAGGAGCCGUACGUCGACCCCAUGAGAAGCACCAUCGUGGAGCGGAGCCCAGCCGCACAGCCAGCAGCACCAACAGCAAGCGCACCCAAGAAGGCCUCGCGGUUCAAGAAGGCACGAGCCACGGAGCCAGCUUCCAGCCCAGCCGAAACCCAGCUCCCAGUCAGGACCAAGGGCCCGGCUGAGGCCCCGGCGCGCUUCCUCGACCAGGAGAUACGGACCGCCCCAACCGGACCGGACGGCAAGACGCUCGCCGGGACUAUCGUGGAGCGGGACAUGCCCUCGGGCGCCGUGGAGCCGGACGAGUUCGACGCGACGCUGCUGCACCAGGAGGCCGCUGUCGAGUACCACCGGAUGCGCAACCGGAUGAUGCAGAAGCAGGGCGGCUUCGUGGCCGAGAAGGAGGAGGCCAUCGAGUACCCCGAGGACGAGGAGACGGGAGGGAAGCGCGUGAGCCGGUUCAAGGCUGCCAGGUUGGGGAGGCAGUGA